AUGGACGAACACGGGUUGGAGCAGCUACUGCCUCCCGGCACCGUGACGUACGAGAAAGCAGACGCCAAGACUACCAUUGAUCUCAUCUGGGCGUCGCACACGCUGGCAGACCGGUUGGUGAGCUGUACUGAUAAACGCGAAUGGUGGUACGGCGCAGACCACGUGUCAAUCCUCACCCAGUUCGACCUGGCCCCGGUAAACGUUCCACCUAUCUUUCGUAGGGACUGGGGCUCGUCAGAUUGGGAGCUCUUUCUCAAGCUAAUGGGCACGUACGAUUGGCAUCCGCGUGAGCUAGCGGAUAAGGACGAGAUCGACAGCGCGGUGGCGUAUCUGAUCGAUGCGAUUGACAGGACAGCAGAGCAGGCAACUCCCACAAAGCAGAUCACCUCCUACUCCCGUGCUGGAUACACCCCGGAGAUGGCGGAUCUCAAGCACCAGGUCUCACGGUGCCGAAAGCACGCUCGUCGAAUGGAUUCAGCGGAGGCGUGGGAGGAAUAUAAAGAGGCCAAAAAGGAGCUUAAGAAACGUACGAAUCAGCUGGCGCGAGAUCUCCACCGACACCGAAUCGAGGAAGCAACAGAAUCACUGAGUGGAUUCUGGAAGGCGCAUCAGGUCGCAGCGCGCUGGGAGAGGACUCACGCCUCCAAGUUCGCGCCAGCCAAAUACCAGCUCGCCCACUUCUGGCGGAAGCACCAGUCGGUGCCAAAGCCAAGGGGCAGGCUGGACGUGCCGCUGACGAUCAAGGGGACCGAGGUCAAGCCCCAGGGCUCAAUCAAAUAUCUCGGGGUCCUGCUUGACACCCACCUGACGGGGGAAGCACACGUACGACAGAUGAGGAAGAAGGCUGCGGGAUUAGUAGCAGGGCUGUCGUCGAUAGCGGGCUCUACCUGGGGAACGCCAUUGCUCCAUUUACGGAAGAUAUAUACGGCAGUGCUCCAACCGCAGAUCAUUCAUGCACACCGUAACGACCCCUUUACGUCUCCAUUGCACCGUCUGGAGACGACGAUUGACCGGAAGCUGGGACGAGGCGUAUGCCAGCAGAUUGAGACGAUCCACCCCUUUGUAGCGCCACCGUGGUGGGAGCCACCGGAUAUGCAAAUCGAUGCUACGCGUGAAGAAGCGAUUCGUACGCAGACUACGACUACAGGGGUUCAGUUGUUUACGGACGGAAGCGGGUUUGACAGCGGGAUUGGAGCAGCAGCGUAUUCGCCGACAUUAGGCUACGCCGCCAGGCCAAUCGGCUCAUCAGACACCCAUACCGUAUACGCCGACAACCAGGCCGCGAUUCGCGCCACCUGCCACCCCCAACGGUCCUCAGGACAGUACAUCCUCCGAAGGAUCGUCCGUCAACUGGACCUGCUACGAGACACUCGAUCUCGCUGGCACGGGUAA